GAAAGGGAGGAAGGGGGAGUGAGAGGAAAGAGAGAAGAGGGGAGAACCAGAGCAAAGGCCUUUCCUUUAGCUCUCACUGACCUUCUGCAGUCCCAAAGUAAUGCUUCAAAACGCCGCAGUGAAUGGCACUCGAGACCCCUUUUCUUCAGCCUGUAGCCGGAUCCAACAGUGACGGUGUGCUGGUUUUGUCUCUCUCCUCCCCCUCCUCUCGCCUUUCCCGCCGUCGGCCUGCACAGCUCCCAGGCUCGCCUGCUGCCCCGAAGCUGCUCAGUCUCCUUUCUGGCACGCUCUCCGGCUUCGCGCGCUUCUUCUCGCACCUUCUCCGGCCACCCCCUCCUGAAGCUCCCCAGCGGCGCCGGGACUUCUCCCUCCUGCUUCCCGCCCUGCCAGGCGCUGGGCUCUCGCGGGAGCACGAGGAGCGGCCGGGCCGCCUCUCGCUCCUGCUCAGGGCAGCUCUGGCCCUGCCCGGCCGACCCCCUGGGGGACGCCUGCCCCGGCAAGAGGACGCCAGCGCUGGGCAGAGUUGGCCCAUGCCCCCGAUGGGCUCCGAGCGGACGGAGGCGCGGAAGCGGCCGGCGCCCGCAGCCCCGGCGACGGCGACGGCGCGCCCCGGGCCCGGGCAGCGCGGGGCGGGGCGCCGAGCGGCCAACGCCUGCUGCUUCUGCUGGUGCUGCUGCUGCAGCUGCUCCUGUCUGACUGUCAGAAACCAAGAGGAACAGAGACUCAGGAGGGCUUCCUAUGAACUCAGCAGAGAGGACCUUCCAACCUGCGAAGAAAGCCCGAGCCCCACACUGGAGGAGGCCAGCGCCUGGGCCCAGUCCUUCGACAAGCUGAUGCUGACGCCCGCAGGGCGGAACGCCUUCCGAGAGUUCCUCCGAACCGAGUUCAGCGAGGAGAACAUGCUCUUCUGGAUGGCGUGCGAGGAGCUGAAACAGGAGGCCAGCAAGACCAUCAUCGAAGAGAAGGCGAGGACAAUCUAUGAGGACUACAUCUCCGUCCUUUCCCCCAAAGAGGUCAGCCUGGACUCCCGCGUCAGGGAGGUGAUCAACAGGAACAUGGCGCAGCCGUCCCCCCACAUCUUCGACGACGCCCAGCUCCAGAUCUACACCCUGAUGCACAGGGACUCGUACCCCCGCUUCAUGAACUCUGCUCUCUACAAAGACCUGCUCCGGUCCUUAUCUGAGAAGUCAGCGGAAGCAUAGGCUGUGAAAGCUGUUUAUUGUUCAUGAACUGAUAAGCGAACUCGUGGGCUCCGUCUGGUACAGGGAAUCGCGAGGAGGCGGUGGGAUCUUCUGCUGGGUCGCCCUCGGGCUGUGGUAGAGAGGCAGUGUAUUUACAUUUGUAGGAGCAGUCGCGUGUUCUCAGUGGCAAAGACACAAGAGGACAUCUCACUGCCUGGAGCAGGUCCGUCCACGGGGACAGACAGGACCCAGAUUCCCGUUUUACAAAGAUGUGACCGCACCUUGUAAAAACGGCAUUCCACUUUCCUCUUAGGACACAUGUGUGCAGGUACACACGUGUGCGUGUGUAUCUUACGUGGUUAAUGGAAAGCACUGUGCUCUUAAGUGGAUCAGCCUCGAAUGUCUCGGAAGAGAAGUUGUGCUUAGAAAAGUUCUCUUGUCGAAAAGUUACUGUUACUUUAUUACCAGAAUCUGCCAACCUAAAGGAGGCAUUCUUAAGUCCACAGCUUAGUGGUGUGCAUCACAAAACGUUCAAGGAAGUGUACCUCUGUUUUUAUUAUUGGAAGAAACGUGGGCAUUUUCACUCUAAAAAAAUAAAGCACAAGAGUUUUAUCU